AUGGAUAGCGUCCAGAAAGGUCUCUCUGAUGUAUCUACCGAGAGUCCCCAGCUUACCCUCGAACAUAUCUUGUCGGCGGAACCCAUCACAAACCAUCUGGACAUCUUGACAAACAUCCUCCGACAAGGAGCAACUGUUGAUGAACGGGUAGGUGCAUUGAUUCACGCAGCUUGGGAGCAUGUCCGUCGCGAGGAGCUGUGGUCCAGCCGAUUCGACAGUCUGGAUCAGUAUCGCCAAUUCAUCGGCUUUGAAGAGCUUGUCAAGCCAGUCUUGCGCCGGCAUAAGCGAUCUGACCGCUCCAAGCAGCUCAGUGCUCGCAUGAUUGCGCAGCACUGGGACGGCCCUUUUCACCUGGUCCUACCCGAGACUUUGCGACCUCCGUUUUGGAGCAAACACCUGCUCAACUCGCUUGCGUCGCUCAGCCGACUCAAACCACUCCCUGAAGCCAUUCAUCUGCUCCAGGAAAGUGUGAAAAGGCGACCGCGCAGGGGCCGAACACAACCCCAUCUUCUGGCAAGUGACAUUGAACGAGUCCUCGAGGCUAUGCGGGUCCCGCGCCAGGGCAGGCGAGGCAGGAAAAGUAAGUCGUCCGUGUUCCAGCCACCGCAACUGAGACCAGAACAACUAACAGUUCCUGAAAGAUUCCCCUCGCCCCAAGGAUCAUCAGCGAUGCUCUCGGAGAGGUCCCUUUUGGAUGAUCAGAAACAAUGUCCCUGCUCGCCUCUGUUAUUCCCACUCCUAGCCAUUCUGGCCGAGAGCAAGGCUCAAUGGACCUCGUAUUUCCUGGGUAGGUUACUCCAGUGGGCGAGUCUGAUGUCGUGGGAAAGCCUCUGCACGGAUCACUUACAACAGCUAUAUCGCCAUGCGACCCAGUCAGAUGGACAAGAUCUAGAUCGGUCUCUGAUAGUUCAGACUCUUGAGCAACUUUCAAUCACCCUCACCGACGAGGAGACGAGCAUGCCCGACGACUCCCCCAGUUCGAUACCGACUGGCGAUCGCGAAAAGCCGAUACCCAACGCAUUCAAGAGUUUUGUGAAGGACGAACCGUCACUGUGGUCAUCGCUCCAGCAAAAUGGAUAUCUUCAUAUUCCAGGUUUCUUUGCGUACAUGGAAACGCGCGGCAUCUUCCUACGGGUGCGCCAGACUUUAGCGCGAUACGCCUCCGACGACCAGGGCCAGGUUCUCAGUCAAAAGUGCUAUCAAUUUCUCCAUCAAAUGAUCCAACAAGACCCCGCGUACUACGCGGUUGUCGCAUCCUGUCGUCCGGAUGGGCAGUGGAGAUUACUCAAUCGGUCGAUGGACUCUGUUUCUCUCUCAGUAGCGGGCGCAAUGCUUUCUAUACCAGGGUCAGUCCAGCGAGACAGUGAUAUCCAAAGUACAGUCAUGCUGCCUACCUUCUGCGAAGAACACUGCGUGAAUCUCGUGCCGGGCUCCCACACCAUGCUUGCGCCAUCCCACAAGAAUGAGCACCCACCAACAGGUGUGAUGGUGAUAGGGAAGCCAAGCUCCAUCCGAAUGCAACCGGGAGAUCUGCUCCUCACCAUGCCACAUCUGCUCCGCUUCCCACAAACCUUUACCUCUCAUGCGUUAGUGAACCUAUCCCAGGAUGCGGCGGACCUUCAGGGACAUCCACCAGGAUGGAAUCAUCAGCGCUUCACGUCGGCCCAACCUCAGCUCUCCAAUGCUCCGGUGACAGACGAAUGUAGCGUCGAUACCGUCUCCGCGAUCGGCGAAGCCCUCAUGGGCCGUCGCGCCUGGAGCGACCGCAAGGUUCUGCAUCAGCAGAGAAUUCUCUCCGGCACGGACACGGCAGCUGCAACGAGCUUUGUGGAUAAGGUUCGCGAGAGACUUGUCUUGGAGUUUCACGAGGCCCUGGAUAUCGUGGAGAUCAGCCACGCCGAGUCGGCUGCUGCGCUGGCUCCUGAUCUUGUAUUCAACAAUGUCUCCACGGAGACUGAAUGGGCGGCCACGGAGCUGGGGAUGAGCACUCUGCUGCAGGUGGACACACCCUGGCUGCCCGAGUCGUUUGAUCACAUGAGUCUGCAGGAUCUGGGGCUUGACACCCUUGGAGAGAUCGAUCUCUUGCCAACUCUAGAUUAG